UCUGUCCCCUCAGAGGCUGCACACAGAGCCUGAUCCACCGGUUCCUCCCUCUCUGAUCAGCGUCUGAACGGCAGCUGCAGCUCAACUCUCUGUCAGCCACAUUUGGUCUCGGAAAGUGACUCAAAAUGACAAUGAAACUGGCUUACUGGGAUAUUCGUGGGCUCGCCCAGCCUGCCCGCCUGCUGCUGGAGUACACCGGCACCAAGUAUGAGGACAAGUUUUACGUCUGCGGUGAAGCUCCCAAUUUUGAUAAGAGCUGCUGGUUUGAUGAAAAACACAAACUUGGAAUGGACUUCCCCAAUCUGCCCUACUUGGAGGAUGGAGACAGGAAGAUAGUGCAGAGCAAUGCUAUCAUGAGAUACAUUGCUCGUAAGCACAACAUGUGUGGAGAGACGGAGGAUGAGAAGGUCCGUGUGGACAUCUUGGAGAACCAGGCCAUGGACUUCAGAAACGGCUUUGUGAGGCUGUGCUACACUGACUUUGACAAGAUGAAGCCAGGGUACCUUCAGAUGCUGCCGGGCCAACUGAAGCAGUUCUCAGAUUUCUUGGGAGACAGGAAGUGGUUUGCUGGUGACAAGAUCACUUUUGUGGACUUCCUCAUGUACGAGCUGUUGGAUCAACACAGGAUGUUUCACCCUACGUGCCUCGAUGAAUUCAAGAACCUCAAAGAUCUUCUAGACCGUUUUGAGGCUCUGGAGAAGAUCGCUGCCUACAUGAAGUCAGACAGGUUCAUGAAGACUCCUGUCAACAACAAGAUGGCCAAGUGGGGACACAAGAAAGAGUGAAGGACAGCACAUUUAAGCCUUUGAGGAAUGAAAAGAACAAAUGUCCACAAGUGCAAAUGCCCCAGUAACUUGUAUUUCAAGACCAGAGAAAACAUGGUCUGUAGUGUCUUUUUUUAUAAUCUGUUUCCUAGCGUUUUGUAUAGGUGACAUGUCCUCUGAUCACGUUUCAUGUUUCCAAACACUUCCAUGCCUGUUCUGAAACCACCUUUAAUUUUGUGUGAAAUGAAACCAAGCUUUGUAUUGACAUUAUAAGGACAGGUAAAAACUUUAUUUGAAUUAAAGCACUUAAUUGUUACAUUUGAAAGAUUUUUUGGAGAGAUUAAAGUGAAUCUUGUUCUGA